AUGCAGCAUCAGAAUCUUUGCCCUGACCUUUCUAGUUGCCAAGUAAGGGAUUGUCCUAUUUUGCAGGUUUCUGCAAAGCCUGCCACGGCUAGAAGUGCAGGCCGCCCCAUUACAAUUGCAACCCUCACAGUUAGGCCCUAUACUGCCCGCAAGGGGGACACCCUUGAGUCUAUUGCACAGAAGCGAGAUGUAACUGUAAAGGAGAUCAUUGCGCUGAAUCUCGGCAUCGACCCAAACAAGGUCGAGGAGAAGCAAACCAUCCUCAUCCCCGGUGGCAAGCUCUCCUCCAGAGACAAGGAGAUUUUGGCAGGCAUUGGGAGGGGCACAUACCGGACCUACCCGGUGCGCGCCGGCGAGAGCAUCAAGGACAUCAUUAGUAAGCGGAACAUCACCCGCGCUGAGGUGGACGCGCUCAACCCCGAGGUCAACCUGGACAAGCUUGCAUCGGCGCAGGUGAUCAAGCUGCCGGCAAAUAAGUACACAGUGCGUGAGCGCGAGAUGCUCAGCGGCGUGGCCGGCGCUCCCGAGUCCUAUUUCUUGCCCGGCAAUCCUUUCUCCAACGCCCUCUUUGGCGGUGAGCCCCUCUCCCUCUCCACAGCAUCUCACUGA